AUCUGUCUCAGCUACGACGUACGAGGAUGAAAUUUUUAUUUUUACUAUUUUUUUUUCUAUUAAAGGGAAAACACGAGAUAAAAGCAAACCGACAUCGAAACCUGUUUCCGAUGUUUUCGUUUCAUUCUGUUCUGUUCAAUAUUAAAACCGGACAAUAGGAUUCCUAAUGAGGCUGUGAUUCAUAACAAUGAUUUAUUAGAAAAUUCCAAUAGAACGUACAAUAUCAACAGACUCUUAUCUAAAUGAGGGAAGAAAACAGACAGCGUUACCACCAACCCAAGGGAGGACGAUCAAUUCACAGCACACGUUCGUGUUUUAAUAGUAACAAGUUGAAAAUCAGUUGGAGAAAAAAAAAUAACAUAAAGAAAAGGAAAUAAAAAAAAAACGUUUUAUGGCAAAAGCCAAAAUCAAUAUUUCUUAUAUUGCUGCUAACGAGUGUAUCCAUUGCAGUUCAGCAGUGUAGUAGUGGCACUCACCUUGUACUGUUGUGUCUAAACAUCAUCUACAUAUGUCUAUUGCCUCCGGCCUCGGGCCGGUUACAGACUAGGGAGACUACAGGGAAAGGAGCACCAUGUUCCCAUCGAGGGCUCCUGUUCCAGUCAACCCACAGUCGAUAUGUUAAACUUCCCCAGUCGUUACAACACCGACUGGAUGUCGACACUCUCAGAUCAAACAUCGCUAGCACACUUAACCGUGCCAGGCACACACAACACGAUGGCUCAUUACGGCGGAGACAUGGCAGAGUGUCAACACUGGUUGUUAUAUUCACAACUACAGGCAGGCAUACGUUUCUUAGAUAUUCGUUGUCGACAUUAUCGUAACGGGUUGCCAAUACACCACGGAAUUAAAUACCAACAUGCUGAUUUUCCCAUGGUUCUGCGAGAGAUCGUUCGCUUUUUAAUAGACUACCCGACAGAGAUAAUCAUUAUGCGUAUUAAGAAGGAAUUUCAGUCGGCUGAAAAUAGCCGACCCUUUGAAGAAACGUUCCAGGCGUCUAUCCAACAGUACAUCAGGGACGGUCGAAUUUGGAGUUGCUUCUCUUCUAUACCCAUUCUUGGAGACAUCCGUGGCAAAAUUGUUAUCUUGCAAGAUUUCCGGGGAUCCGCGUACGGACUGGAUUACAAUGGUGACAUGUUCUCAAUUGAGGACCACUGGAAGGUGCCUACAAUUCUGGACUUACACAUAGGACACAAAUGGCAGCAUGUCAAACGUAAACUCGACGCUUCCGGUGAGGACGAGGGAAGUUCCGUUAUCUAUAUAACCUACACCAGUGGAACCAGCUUCUGGGCUUGGCCUAAGGCCGUAGCUAAUCGUCUCAACCCUCGACUCCAGGAAUACUUACAAGGAAAGAAACCCAAGAAACGGUUUGGUAUUAUUUGUAUGGAUUUUCCAACAAUCACUCUGAUCGAAAGUAUUAUACGCUGUAACUUUCAAUCGGAAUUGAACUCACAACCCACUUGUACGAAAUGAAUUCAUCGCAUACAGAGAGGAACUCCUCAGUAACUUCGUUACGAACUGAGAAGUGAUUUAAAGAGUGACAAGCCUUUAGAUGUGAAUAGUCUGUAGGUGUAGAUGAGACAUAGUUAAGAUCCAUCCUCUAAUAUGGUCUACUGACAUUCAUAGAGCUGUGUGUGCGUAUAUUUGUGUGUUUGUGUGUGUGUGUAUGCGUGUGUAUAUCUAUUUAUACACACACACACACAUAUGCAUGUAUAUAUAAAAGCUUAGCGACCCUUUGUCCAUUUUUACGCACUGGGUUCAAAUUCCGGUGAGGUCAACUCUACUUUUGCAUCCUUUCGGGGUUGACAGUGGUAAGAGAUUCUCAAGAGAGCUGAACAACAGAAGGUCUUCGGAGGAGAAUCCACUCCCCCCACCCCCACUCAGGCAAGCGUUGCGGCCCUUAACUUCUUACGGGUCGUAUACAGGUCAUGACUCCUGGGUUCCAUUCUGCUGACAUUUUGGAUAUCGGACACCUGUGCAUUUAAACCGCCUGAAAAUUUCAACUCAUUUCCGUUGACUCAGCUUUCAAACUUAUACUUAAAAAAAAAGUACCAGUUACGCACUGGGGUUGAUAUAAUCGACUAUACCCCUCCUCCAAAUUUCAGGCUUGUGCCUAUAGUAGAAAGGAUUAUUGGAAGUGUUUAAAGCGGUAAGCUGGCAGAAUUGUUUGUGAUUCUCGAACAAAGUGUUUAGAAGCAUUUCUUCUUGCAUUUUACGUUUCCUGUUCAAUUGCCGUCGAGAUCGAUUUUGCUGUUAAUCUUGCCCGAGAUCGAUAAAAUAAAAAAGUACCAGUCUAAAGCUGAUGUAAAUGUGAUCGACUAAUUCUCUCCCCCACUAAAAUUGCUAGCCUUGUGACAACAUUUUAAACAAAUGUGGCCGUGUGGUAAGAAGCUUGCUUCCCAAUCACACGGUUCUAGGUUCAGUCCCACUGCACGACACCUUGAUAAGAUAGCUCUCAGGGGGUCCAAAAACACGAUAAGGUUGGGAACCCCUGUUAUUAGAACAUCAAGAGAUAGUCUCGUUUAAGAUGGAAACAGCACAAAACGUGGGAAUGUUGAACAUCUCGUGAUGGCAAUGAUUAUUGUUAAGUGAAGACAUAAAAAAAAACUGGAGAUUUUACCUAGAAAAAUUCCUAUAAAUAAGUAAAAUUUUGUUGUCAGAUUUUGGCACAAGGCCAGUCAGUCGCGGGGGAUGGGCUUAGUUUGUUAGAUCGAUCCCAGUGUUCAACUGGUACUUAUCGAUCUUGGAAGGAUAAAUCUGAACUCAGAAAGUAAUGAAGGACGAAAUACCGCUCAGCAUUCAGCCCGGCGUUCUAACUAUUCUGCUCGUUCAUCGUCAAAUAUAAAUAAAAUAAAAUAUUGGUUUCACAUUUUGGCACAAAGCCAGCAAUUUGCGGGAAGGGGAAAUUCGAUCGCAUCGCUCCCAGUGCUCAAACGAUACUUAUUUUAUCAACCCCGAUGGCUGAAAGGAAAAAGUUGACCUCGGCAAAAUUUGAACUCAUGUAAUGACAGACAUAUUGCUGCGAAGCUGUUUGCCCGGUGCGUUAACGAUUCUGCUAGCUCGCCGCCUUAUGAAUAAAGACAUUAAAUGACUGGAAAUGACAUACAUUUUAAAUGAAACAUUAAUUUGUAGUUUGUUGUUCUGAUUUUAUUUUUACAUUAACAUUGAUAUUAUUAUCUAUUAUAAUUUAACCCUUGGUCAGUCUUUAUUCGGCGAUCCUAAGAUCAAAGACGUUCAACCCGUGACUAUUUACAUAUCAAGGACUAUAUUGUCCAAUGAGACCUUUAAAGACUCUACUUCUUUAGGCCUUGGAGGAGAUUUUUCUGCUAUUUCUCACAGGCCAUCGACCACUGUUGAAGCUCCUUUACUGGAUCAGUUAGAAUCUUAUAUAGUUUUUUACAUAGGCACCACAGAGCCAUUCUCUUGGAGGAAGAGAUAUAAUUACCUGAACCAACCACAAAAUACGACUGCUUUAUAUAUAUAUAUAUAUAUAUAUAUAUAUAUAUAUAUGUAAUAUAAUAUAAUAUAAUAUAAUAUAAUAUGUAUAUUAUAUGUAUACACAUAUACAGAUACACACACAUAUACACACUCAAAUAUAUAUAUAUAUAUAUAUACAUAUAUAUAUAUAUAAACUUAUACACACACAUACAGUGGAAGCUGCUUAUUGUGAACGGUUUGACACUAAUGAGAUUAAGUAAAUAAGAGCUUGGAACCCACUAAUUUUGCUAAUCGGUUGAUAACAUCCAAAGCAGCUUCUACUAUAUAUAUAUAUAUAUAUAUAUCAGUCUUCUCCGGUGAUACGAAAGUUGAAACAUGACCGGUGUGUAAGGAAGUAUUGAAUAAAAGAAAAUCUCUUUGUUUUUAA